CUUGCCCCCCUUUCUUUUUCUUUAGCUGCUGAUUGAUAUACUAGGAGUCGCUAUGCUGCGUAUUCAGCAUCUUGAUGUAUGCAGCCACUUCGAUUCUUCUGAGUGAGCUAGAAUUUUCAUAUUCCUGAAAGUCAAGCAGCCUUGCGCAGUCUGCAACAAUGGCAGGCCAAUCCUCUGCGGAUCGAACUGCCGGGCUUAAACUGACUGACGCGCUCGCUGCACGCAUUCAGGACAUCGAUGACGCGAAGCUGGAGGAGGUCCUGUGGGGGGCAGCCAUGGCGAACGACACGGUGAUCCUGACGACGCUGAACGCCGCGUGGUCGGAGCCCGGCUCGGUGCUGGACGUCUUCCUGGAGAGCUUCCGGGCCGGCGAGAGCACCAGGGAGCUGCUGGACCACCUCGUCAUCGUGUCCCUGGACUCGGCGGCGCACGAGCGCUGCGGCCAAGUGCACCGGCACUGCUUCGUGCUCGUCGCCGGCGGCGUCAACUUCUCCGGGCAGAAGAACUUCAUGACCGACGGCUACCUCAAGAUGAUGUGGAGCAGGAUCAACUUCCUCGGGCAAGUCCUUGAGAAAGGCUUCAGCUUCAUCUUCACGGACACGGACAUCGUGUGGUUCAGGAACCCGCUGCCGCACUUCUACCUGGACGGGGACUUCCUGAUCGCCUGCUACCACUUCACCGGGGACCCUGACGAUCUGAGCAACGCGCCCAACGGCGGGUUCGCGUACGUGCGUUCCAACUCGGAGACGAUAGAGUUCUACAGGUUCUGGUACGCGGCGAGGGAGAAGCACCCCGGAUUGCACGACCAGGACGUGCUCAACUCCAUCAAAAACGACUCCUUCGUCGCCGAGCUGGGCGUCAAGAUCAAGUUCCUCAGCACUGAGCUCUUCGGUGGCCUGUGCGAGCCGAGCCGGAACAUGAGCAGGGUCUGUACAAUGCACGCCAACUGCUGCAUCGGACUGAGCCGUAAGAUCAGCGACCUCGACGCGAUGCUCCGGGACUGGAGGAGGUUCAUGGCGCUGCCGCAGGACGAUAAGCACUCAGUUUCAUCAUGGACUGUACCACGCAAUUGCAGGUAAAGGCAACCAAGGCAUAUUAAAAUAGGGAAUGCACAUUGUGUGUUUCUGAUCAAGAGGAAGCUGUCUUUCCAGUGUUCAGACUUCAGAAACUGGGGCGAUAGAGCAAAGAGGAAGCUAUCUUUCUGCUUGACAAGUGAUUAAUUCAGACUCCGGAAAGAUGGGUAAUGUAAACAAAAAUAUGGGAAGUUUAUAAGUUCAUUUUUGUUGAUUGUAUUGUAGGUACUGACGUUAACCACAGUGAAUUAUUCGCACAUUUUUUACUCCAUGUAAGCAACUGAAUGGAGCUGCUAAUCGAUGUCUUUGCACAUGCUUGUAUUACAAUUUUUAACUGAAAUAAACGAAUCUUAAUCUGCAAAGUUUGAGAAUGCAGCUGCACAAUCUAUUAAAGUAAAGAUGCUGUUCUGGGGAAAAUAUAUUAAGGUGCUUGCUCAUUGUUGCCCCAAAUCCGGUGCAGUGGAGUCGUGGUUUAUCUUCUAAAACAUCUGUAUUCCUGGAGCUCUCCAUGUCAUCUCACCUGCUAACAGAAAUCGAGAUUCAGAAUUUCAGAUGUGUAUGUGAAUCUUACAAUGCAGUUACUGGAGCAUCAGACUGGGCCGCAGAGCUAUAAACAUUGGCUCACGAUCCUCUUCUGAAGCUCUGAAACUUGCAAACAUAGCGUAACAGCAGGAAUGGAAGAGGCAGGCACAGGAGAGCAACCGAGGGUAGCGCAGGUCGGCUUCCAACCAAACCUCCUGCUCCUCUGCAUGCCCCUUCCACUGCUGCUGCUACAGCCAGAAAACUAGCCCUGAUUUCUACUCUUACUCCUACGUAUAAAAAA